AUGCAGGAACUUAGUCCAGACCUAAUGCUGUCGCCAGAGGGCUGUGAAUCCCUCGAGCUUUUGCUCCUCCCACCUGCAAUGCUCAGCUUGGAUAAUGUCGAAGAGACACUGCCCGGACCACUAACUCUGGACGCGGAUCCACCCCCAGCGGCAGCAUGGCAGGCACCCCCCGUCAUCACACUGGAUCCUCCUCCGCCUUCCUCACCACCCCCAAUCCCAGCACCAACCCCCGCAACCCCAUCCCCAUUGUUGCUCCUCCCACCCCAGCAUACCCCAACCCAAACCCCUGCCCAGGCCCCUCCACAUCCACCAUCAAACCCUCACCCUCCCACGGCACCAAUCGACCGAACAACAACCCCAUCGCCAGCCCCCCAAGCCCAAGCCCCCAGAACAACCCCCCUCCUCCCCCCCACAGUUCCCGGAAUAACCCCCCUUCCCCUCCCCCUCCUUCCAGAGAACCCCAAAGGAUCCAUAGUCGCAACCUGGAUCCGCACUCUCACCCCCUACUUCCCCCGGGCCGCUGGCUUCGCCAUCUUCCCCACCAUCAAGGUCUGCCCGCGCACCCACGUCAUGUACGACCUGGUCAUCGUGUACGCCGGCCGCACGGGCCCUUACCUCACGACCGUGAUGGGGUACGAUCGUCCGCCCGAGCCGGAUGCGUGGGCUCGGCGCGUGCAGGUGCUGCAGGAUGAGUGGCGACGCGGGGUGGCGGGGGAGAUGCCGGUUUAUGGGGCGGUUUGGGUGGAGGAUGAGGUGCGGUGGUUUUAUGGGGGUGGGAGCUGA